AUGCGGGUAAACAACGCAGUCAGGCGGCCUCGGAACCCGCUACUACUGAGAACACCAGACGAGCUUGAAGAUGACGUUCGCAAAUUCUAUGACCGGAACCACCUGCAAGACGUGAUCGACGUGGAGUUGCUUAUAAGAGGAGCACGCAUAGCACAGGAACCCGACAACCUGUACACCCUCGACUUAACAGCAGCAGAGUUCAAGGCGAUAAAGGAUGAAAAAGAGUCGGGCUUUUGGCAGCAAAGUAAAGAUCUCAAGGUGACCAUCCUCACCACAGCAUGUGCGGCAAUCACCCAAGGCUGGCAGCAGUCCACGAUCAAUGCGGCUUCAGAAGGCUGGAAGCAUGAUUUGCAACCCAAGGAAGGAUACUGGAGGCACGAGAAUCCUUGGCUGGAAGGAUUUGGCGUUUUUGUUGGCUUCGCCUGUGAUUGGAUUGUCGAUCGCCAGUGGAGGGUGCUUUUAGGGACAGCGUCGAUUCCCGCUCUUAUCCUCCUAUUCCUCGUCUUUCUAUGCCCCGAGUCCCCACGGUUUCUUAUCCGUAGAGGAGAUUAUACCGGGGCAUUCGUGAGCCUCCGACAGCUACGAGGUACCGACAUCCAGGCGGCGAGAGACCUUUAUUAUAUCCAUAGUCAACUACAAGUCGAAACGGAGAUGUUUGAUGGGGAGAGACCGCAGAACUGGUAUAAUCAAGAGAUAUACCAGGAGAGGGUCCGUAAGACAGGGUUCCUAAAGCGGCUUGGUAUACUUUUCAGUCAUCCACGCAACCAAAGGGCAUGUGUGGCUGCAUUCUUGGUAAUGGCAUCGCAACAGUUGUGUGGUGUAAGCCACUCCUCCCUAACAUCAAGCAUAUUGACAUUUGAUUCCCGGCUGCCUGCUAAUGUAGUUUGGCUUAACUUUGGAUUCGGCUUGGCGAACUUCCUCUUCACCAUUCCUGCCUAUCGAUACAUUGAUUGGCGUGGGCGUCGACUUCUUCUACUCAUCUCGCUAGCGGGAAUGUUCCUCAGCCUGCUUGUCAUUGGGUUUUUCUUUCGAAUCGAAGCCGACAAGGUCAAGCUGGCCCUCGUAUCAACUUUUACCAUUGGCUUCUUCACAUUCUUUUAUGGUAUCGGUGCUGGACCAGUCCCAUUCACCUUCAGUGCCGAAGUCUUCCCACUUGCAUUUCGCGAGGUCGGCAUGAGCUUCAGCGUUAUGGUUAAUUUCCUAGGUCUCGGGCUUCUGGUACUAUUUGUACCUCAAUUGGACUCGGCUUGGGAACCGAAUGGAGCAUCCAAUAUAUGUUUUCUCUUCACGGGACUCAAUGCGUUGGCCUUUGUUCUUGUCUUUCUGUUCGUUCCCAGUGGCACUGCAAAGGUGGGCCUGGAAGAAAUGAACCAAAUAUUUAACACCAAAAUGUCUGUUCAUAUCCAAGAGCACGUCGUUAGCCUGGGAAAUCUGUGUGGCCGGCAAAAGGUGGAGGACGAUCCGCACCACCUCCAGCAACUUCAUGAUCAUGCUUAG